UCCCUCCCUCCUCCUCAGCGCUGGCCGCUGCCUACAGAAUCCAACAUGGAGUAACUGGAGAUGGGGCUCGUACGGGGCCACCUUCCGCGACAUCAGCGCAAAGCCAAAGCCGGCGGAUCUCGGUAAUAAUAAUAACAACAAUAAUAAUAAUUAUCGUAAUAAUAAUUACAGGCGGAGAAGCGAAGAAAAGGAGGGGGGAGGUCGGAAGACGUUAACCUGGGAGGGAGGGUGGGGGCUGGAUAUGCGCAUUCGGUGGUAUUGCGCGUCCGUGAUCAAUUACCCGCAAGCGAGAAGAAGUAAAGGUACCGAGGCGAAGAGGAGCGAAGAGCAAAGCAGUCGCGGAUAAAAGCGGAUACUCUGUGAUAUGAAGGUGGUUUGCAGUGAAGACGGCAAGGAAAAUGAAGAGCACGGAGCGUAUGCUCACUGUGGGAAACUGCUGUAGGUGAAACGGAAAAAAAAAAUGACCGAAGAAACACACCCAGACGAUGACACCUACAUUGUGCGCGUCAAAGGGGUGGUAAUGACCCGCGACGACUCUAGUGGUGGUUGGUUGGCCCAGGAGGGAGGCGGUCUCAGCCGGGUGGGGGUCUACAAGGUGCUGCCUGCCGAGCUGCCCGGACAGAGUGACUUCCUCAUCCGAGGAGAGCGGCUGAAAGACAAGCAGGUGAUCCUGGAAUGCAUUCUGAAGAAAGACCUCGUCUACAUCAAGGCCACGCCCACGUUUCACCAUUGGAAGGUGAACAACAGGAAAUUCGGCCUGACAUUCCAGAGCCCAGCCGACGCCCGGGCCUUCGACCGGGGAGUGAGGAAGGCCAUGGAGGACCUGGCAGAUGGAUCCACUACUUCCUCCUCCACACUCCAUAAUGAAGCAGACCUGGGCGACGACGAUGUCUUCACGAACGCCACAGACAGCUCGUCCAACUCCUCCCAGCGCAAGGAGAGCUACACGCAGCCGCUGACGUCGUCCUACAGCUGCGAGCCGGGCCGGCACCGCUGCCUCCUGGGCCACCUGCACGAGCAGCACCGUCCCUCGGAUCAGUACUUCCCCGAUCAGCCCCUCCCGAGGUUCCCCCGGCGCGUCUGGAUCCGGGACGACGACGACGAGGAAAUCGUUCGCAUCAACCCGCGGGAACGGCGCUGGCUGGCAACGGGCUACGAGGAUUACCGGCACACGGCCCUCCCGCGGGACCGGCUCGGGCGAGCCGACGGCGGCGGCGGCGACGCCUAUGUGCACUUCGACAAGGCCGACGGCCACAAGCACGACUACAGCUACCCCUAUGCCCCCGGACCAGGCCGCAAGGGCGACGGGCACGCUGUGGUGGUGGGCACCCAGCCGUGCGCCAAGGCCGACGGCGAGCUGCUGCGCUGCGUGUACUGCCGCGAGGCCUUCGAGCGCGGGGAGAACCGGCGCGGACACUGCCCAGACGCCCCGGACCCCGUGCGGGCCUGCAUCCGCCGGGCCAGCUGCCUAUGGUGCGCUGACAGCCUCCUGUACCACUGCCUGUCAGACCCUGAGGGUGACUAUUCGGACCCGUGCUCCUGCGAGCCCGGCGACGAGCGCUUCUGCCUGCGCUGGAUGGCGCUGGCCGGCCUCUCGCUGCUGGUGCCCUGCAUGUGCUGCUACGUGCCGCUGCGGGCGUGUCAUCGAGCCGCCGUCGCAUGCCACUGCUGCGGUGGAAAGCACAAGGCCGUCAGGUGAGCCGGCCACGGCGGGGGGGCAGCCCUCUGACUUUGACAGACCGACUUCCAGUGGGGGUCGAGUGGCUUGAAAUUUAUUCUUAUUAUUCUUAUUAUUUUAUUAUUAUUAUUAUUAUUAUUAUUGUUUAUUAUUAUAUAUUUUUUACACUUUGGUCCCGCACGGCCUCUCCAGCCUCGUGUGCCUGCAGUCACGCUUUACACGGGUGUAUCUGGUAGCUGUCCACAUGCAGGGUCUGGGAAUCCCCGCGGUUCUUGCCGGCGUCCCGGUUUUCAACCCGGUUCCUGUUUCCGAGGCCCCCCCCACCCCACGGCUUUGCCAAAGGAAGAUUAAGCUGGAUCCGUCUUGCCAGCAGAGGCACUUAAGUCAACUGGCAAAUUCUCCUCUGCUCUUUAAACAAAAAAAAAAUAAAUACAUUUAAAAUUCCACCCAA